AUAUUUCGUAAAUUACGUCGGAAUAAUAAGGAAUAUCCUUAUCCAGCCGACAAAACAUCCACUCAGCCCUUCUCAUAGUAUCUUCAGAAACCCCGGGAAUAGGGUCACCGGUAAUUUCAGACAAAAGAUAAAUCUAAAAUCAACGAAUCAACAAUUAACUGAUAUGGCAAUGGCUAGCGGGAGUGGCUUCCAAUUGUAUCAUUGCGAGAAAUGUGGAAACGAUCAGCGGGUGUCUAUUGAGGAUGUCAUUGACCAGUAUAACGAAUGGGAGCUGGAUUUGAGACUCCAAGAUAUUAACGAUGCUUGUCCAUUGGCUUAUGGUGGUUUCUUUGUUGCAAGUGUGAAAAUCGAUAUUGAAUGCGAAACAUGCGAUGAAGAGAAUAUCGGUAUCGUCGUAAAAGUUAGUGCAUCACCAGAUUGGGAUGAAUCAAGGGAGGAUUGCGAUCCACGAAUUGAUGGCUUUCAAAAUACUGAAAUUCUUGAAGUUUUGCCUAGUGACGCUAGUGUUGAURAAUCAUUAAUGAGCUGCCUUACGUUUGCUGAGGAUGAUGACGAGGAUUAUUUGCCAGAAAUUGAAUUGUCUGAAGAGCCAACGGUAGUGUAUUCUGUCACAUUACACAUCAUUGCCAAGACAAGAAUGAACAGAGGCUCUUGUCAUUUGGGCCUUUGUUUCAAUAGUGGAAGUUCUAGAAUCUUCCGUCCCUUGUACCGCGCCGAGGAAAACCUCUGUUGUUGGGAUCAACCUUUAGUGCUAGACAAGGAGUAUAUCUUUAAUGUACUGGGAACCCCUGGUAAAUCAUUUACGCCUUUGCCACACAGCAAUGAAGAUUUGCUCGUUGACCAUCGUUCAAUGCAAAUACUGGAUUCAAAUGUAUCAAGUUCAGAUGACGUUUUUACAGAACUACAGAACAUGGCAAAACUCAGUGUGGAAGACAUUUUUGGACCUAAUACAAUAAGGCAAAAUAAGUAUGUCGAUGAGGGUUCAGACUGCCCUUCAGUGGGAGUUCUGAGCUGCAUGGGUAGAGAUCUUGAGUUGAUAAGAGACCGCUCCGGUAAAAGGCGUGUAAAGAUCUCUGGAGGAUAUAAACCCCCAUUCACUGCUAUCGAUGCUGAAAAGAAACCCGAGGACCUACCAGACGAGCUACCAGACGACCCUACUUUGGUCGUGCUUGGUUUAACACGGCCAUUUGCAGGAAAAGGAAAAGACCAUUUUGACCCAAAAAGAUGUUACAUUAUAGUUUUGAGGAUUUUGCAAAAUCCCUGAGCUGGUUGAAAGGCUAAAUCCCGUGGAAUAUGAGCACAGAGAGCCCAAAGCAAUUGGUGAUUUUUAAACAAAUUUCAUAGCCACUUUAAAAGUAUAAUUGAAAACUUCUUGAGGUUUUUGAACAUCUAUAAAAAGCUGAGCGUAUCAUUUAUUAACUAAUAGACAUAUCCCGAAUUCGCUUGACUGACCACGAAACAAUGGUUUCAAGUCGAGGUUGAACUUGAUGAACAAAAUAAUCAAGCCCAGUCUCGACUCCAAACCAUUGUUUCGUGGUCAGUAAAGCGAAAUCGGGAUAAGUCUAUUACAUUUGCUGUAAAGAUAUAUUCACAUGAGAACCGACCUUGGGUUCCUUGUGGGAUUGGUAUAUAGUUUAUAGUUUGUAGGAUUUUGCAAAAUCCCUUGGCUAAUGGCCUAAAUGGCUGAAACCCAUGGAAUAAGCGCCAUGGAGAUCCCAAGGUAUCUUAUAUCGAGCAACUGGAGCUUUCUUAACAAAUUUCAUAGCCACUUUACAAAGUAUCAUUGAAAAAGUCUUGAAUUUUUGCUAAACAUGUAUGAAAAAGCGUAUCAUUUAUUAACUACAUACAUUUGCUGUAAUGAUAUAUUCACAUGAGAAUUGAGCUUGGGUUUCCUGUGGGAUUAUUGGGCUAAUUUUGUAAUGCACUAGUCAACUGAAAACCCGACCCCACCUCCAGGUCGACCCCAGGACAAGGCGGGGAAUUAAUAUUGGUGUAGUGUUAAAUUUAGCACUUCCCCACGGUACCGGGGGUAAAGAUUUGCCUUGUUCAAAUUAUGGAAGUUGUCGCGUUAAAUUUCCCGCAUACCCGUGCAUUCACGCCGUUAAAUGCGCGUUAAAUCCCCGGUCUCGCCGCCUUAAUUCCCCACUGUGUCCUGGGGGGUUUUCGAUUGACUAGUACAUAAUGUAUGUACUACAUGGUUGAAUGACAUAUAUUGUAGUCUAUAUAUAACUUCAUCUACUUUCUCGAUAGCAUAAAUCUAACUUCGCACUUUUAAAACAUAUAUUUUAUAGAUCAGAAAACAAUUAAUACAUGUGUUUAGUUUAAUUGAAAUUUAUUGAAAUGUGUUUAGUUUAUUUAAAAUUUAUUGAAAAUGUGAAAAAUUUCCGUUUACAGUAAGUAAUACUUGAGUAAAUAAAGGAAACUGAUGGCAGAGAUUAACGUAGAAUAAACGUGUAAAAAGCAACCAAUAAACACACAGGAAGUAAAAACUUA